AUGAAUUCCAUAUAUUCAUUUCUUCUCUUUCUCUUCAUUCUUCCUGUUGCAUAUGGUGGAUUAAAGGAUGGUUUUUAUGCGACUUCUUGCCCACGUGCAGAAUUUAUCAUUCGAGAAGUUGUGAAAAACAGAUUAGAUUCUGAUCCAUCUAUUACUGCAGCUCUGCUUCGCAUGCAGUUUCACGAUUGCUUUGUUAGAGGUUGCGAUGCAUCACUUCUUAUAGAACCAAGCCAAAAAGAAAAAGAACCAGAGAAACUUGCACCACCAAACAAGACUGUAAGAGGAUACGAACUCAUGAAUGAAGCCAAAGAAAAGCUAGAGAAGGAAUGCAACUCAACCGUUUCAUGCGCAGAUAUUAUCGCCGUCGCAACCCGCGACGCAGUGGAACUAGCCGGAGGACCCAGAUAUGAAAUUCCUACAGGAAGACGCGACGGUCUAGAAUCUAAAGCUUCUCAAGUUAACUUACCAUCACCAACACUCCCUAUUCCUCAGGCUGUGGAACUUUUCAAGGACAAAGGCUUUUCUGCAAGAGAAAUGGUAACCCUUUUGGGAGGCCACACCGUUGGUAUAGCACAUUGUAGUAACGUGAACACGGAUAGAAUGCAUCCGGGCUUGUCAUUCUGGCUGACGACUACUUGUGCCUCGGAUCCUGAUAAAACUGUAAAAUUGGACCAAGGAACCCCUGAGGCUGUUGAUAACGAGUUCUACACUCAGAUUUCUUUAGGGAGAGGGGUAUUGAAGCUUGACCAGGAUCUUCCUUUCCAUGGGCUUACUUCUGGAGCUGUGUCUGAAUACAGAGAAAAUUUGGAAGUUUUUCGAUCGGAUUUUGCAAAAGCUAUGAUCAAAUUGGGAACAGUCGGUGUUCUUGUGGAUGGUGAAGGAGAAAUUAGGAACCAAUGUUGGGCUUUCAAUAAUUAA